CCUCGGUCAACUUCGACACUUUUCAACCCAACUAGACUUGUGCUCACAAACAUGGCAACAUCAACUUCAAUGUUUCUGACUUGUUCAACCAUGAACAUACCUUUACUAAAACCUCUCUUAAUCUCCAAUUACCUUUGACUAAUAAUCACAAAAACCAUGGAUCACGAUCUCGACAAAUUCCCUUUACUCUCUUACGUCCUUCAUCAACAUGACUCCAAUCUCCACGCGCCGCCGUCUAUGGCCGCGCAAGAAACUCUCCUUCCUUCUUUUCCUCUUCUCUCCAAUCCAGAAAUCAUGUCUAUGUUGACUCAAUCCAUCCCCACAACGAUCACACAGACGCUUUUCGUCUUCAACUCUCUCGGCUCUCGACCUGAUCCCUUAGCGGUUUCCUCUGCUCGAUUCAAGAUCGCUCAAAUUAUGGAUUCGCUCUCGCCGGAGGAAGCAGCGAAGGAGUCGGAGAUUUAUGCCGGGGUUGUGCGGUUGGAUGAAGUGCACGAUAGUUACGAGAAGAAGUUGAAGGAUACAGAGGAGGAGCUUUCUAGGGUUUAUUCUACGGAGGUGGAAUCGAUGUUGAGAAGCGGUGAAGAAGUGAACGAGAAGGUUCUUGCGGUGCUCAAGGAGGCGGAAUCCGGCGGAACCGUUGAGAGGAUUGAUCUCUCCAGCCAAGAACUUAAGCUUAUCCCUGAAGCUUUUUGGAAAGUAGUUGGCUUAGUAUACUUGAAUCUCUCUGGCAAUGACUUGACGUUUAUACCGGAUGCAAUCUCGAAACUCAAGAAGCUAGAAGAGCUCGAUGUAUCUUCAAAUUCUUUGGAAUCUCUUCCUGACUCUAUAGGGAUGUUGCUUAACCUUAGAAUCCUUAAUGUGAAUGCGAACAAUCUAACCGCACUCCCUGAGAGCAUCGCGCAUUGCAGGUCACUAGUUGAGUUAGAUGCAAGCUACAACAACUUGACUUCAUUACCUACAAACAUUGGAUACGGAUUACAAAACCUCGAGAGAUUAUCGAUCCAGCUGAACAAACUCCGUUACUUUCCAGGUUCGAUAAGUGAAAUGUAUAAUCUAAAGUAUCUUGACGCACACAUGAACGAGAUCCACGGGAUACCAAACUCGAUCGGGAGACUAACGAAACUUGAGGUUCUAAACCUAAGCAGCAAUUUCAACAACUUGAUGGGUGUCCCUGACACUAUCACUGAUCUAACUAACCUGAGGGAGCUUGAUCUAAGCAACAACCAAAUCCAAGCUAUACCAGACUCAUUUUAUAGGCUGAGGAAGCUAGAGAAACUGAACUUGGACCAAAACCCGCUUGAGAUCCCAUCUCAAGAAGUGGCUACUCAAGGAGCUGAAGUUGUUAGAGAGUUUAUGAGGAAGAGAUGGGGUGAUAUCAUGGCAGAGCAGCAACAGAGGAUUGGCGUUGAGGCUGAGCGACAUGGAGAUGAAAACGGGUGGGUCUAUUGGGGAACCUCCAUGGUUACUAAUCUUGUUUCUGGAGUGACCCAUACCAUUGGAUUUGGAGGAGCAACUAGCGAUGGUGGAGAUAAGAAACCGGGAGACUCGUACUUUUAUCACCAAAUCUGACUUCUGCUAAAUUAUCUUGUAAUCUACACUUUUGUAUACAAAAAUUUGGAGUGACUUUCUUGUGAACUUAUCACUCCUUGUUUACCAUUGCGUUGCGUAGAUUUUGUAACAUAAAAAUAUGUUUUUUUUUUUCCUCUAGACGUUUUCUCACGAAUUAGGACAAAACUCUAUUGCAUAUUAUAUAGUAUCUAUUUGUUUUGGUUCAACUGAUACUAGAAAUAUCAGGGUUUAGAAUUUUUUCUUAAAAUUUUGGUUCGUCAAGUUCCUAACCAUAAAAAUCUUU